CGACCCCUUUUUUCUCCGCGGCGAAUUCUCCUCCGGACGAAUCCCGCGUCAGUCGACCACCGUAGUGGCCGAGGAACGUCGACGCGUACGUGUUCGUGUUCUCCGAGUGUCCGUUCGUUAUGCGAUACAGCUGUUGGCUCGGAGGGAAGUCUGCCAACAGCUACGCGACCAGGAGCACCACCUCGACGAACGGUAACCGAAGAUCGAAAAGGAUGACGAGGCGGACGACGAACCGUGUGCGAUCAUGGCGGUGAAGGGGCACGGGGCUACCAGGAGCAGAGGCAAACGGCGGAAGCCAGUGCUACUGGCAUGAACGACGAGGAUAACACUCUCGAAGACGCUCGCGGUCGCGACGAUGAUCAUAGACGUGACGCGACCUACCUGCUCUGUUCGCCGAUAGCGUCCUACGUGCUCGAACUUGACUCUACUCGUGAUAUUUGUGAUAUGACGAUGUGCGCGUAAAAUUCAACGUGAAACGUGAGCAACCCUUCGACCAAAGGAGUGAGCAGCGCGAUCGCAAGGAGGAAAGAAACCGAAGAGCAAUCAGAGGGGAAGAGAAGCCGGUAGCCAGGAACCUCGACGAACAUGCCGCUGUCAGGGCGCAUAAUGUGGCUCGCGUGACACACGCCGUUUCUCGGUACAUACACAUCUUGGCCCAAGGCUCUUCCCCUCUCUCUCUCGGUCUAUUACUCGCUCUCGCUUCCAUUCUACCCGGGGUAUAAUCCUUAACGACGAGGACACGCGUACCAGGGAGGCACGAUAGUAUGACGGUGAUGCUGCUGGAACGUUCAGUCACCCCGCAGUCGACGUACAGCCAAAAGACAGCGAACAAGGACUGCAGUGCGAAGCCGCCCUUCUUAUUCCUGCUGGACGACCGUCAGGAGCAUCCGAACUCCGCGGACACCACCAUCGCCAUAACUACAACCAACAACAACAAUAACAACAACAAUAACAAUAACAACAAUAACGUUCUCAAAGGGGACAAUCGGCGAGACAGUAAUCGGUCGUACGUCGCCGACGAGGGGGCGGCGUCGGUGACGUCCCAGAGACGCGCCGACUCUGGCCAGGACGUCGCGAUGCGAUAUUACCGGCUCUGGAUCUACACCUGUAAUUUGGUGCUGCUCGGUAGCGCGCUAGGCUUCGCUGCCGCGGUCUCGCGAACUCUUUUGUUCACCGGUGAUCCGCGUCGAUACGUGGUACCAGGGGUACCUAGGGCAUUCGACCCGACGGCGCUUUACGCUUAUCUGGCCCUGGCCACGCAGUUGGGGCUCGUGCAGUUGCUCGGUUGCAUAGCAGCCAGAAGAUUGAGCGCCAGGCUCUUGAACGCCUACUGGGUGCUGCUGCUGGCUUUGCUCUUCGGCGACGCCGUCAUCGGAGUCGCCUGGGUCUUCCGGUUCGAGAGGAUGCGCGCCGAGCUCAAACCCACUCUCAGACAACGAUUGCAGAUGGAGUACGGGAAGGAUCUGCGAUUCAGCGAGCAAUGGGACCGUCUGCAAAAGGAGUUCUCCUGCUGCGGAGUGAUCGGGCCCAGAGACUUUGGGACCCGUUGGCCGCAAACCUGUUGCGGUCCAAGCGCGAACGUCAGCGACACCUGCCAGCAACCGUACGCGAGGGGAUGCGAGGACUCUCUGAUGAGAUGGCUAAGGAAAACGGCCGAUCUACUAUUCGUCUUGGGUUUCUGCGUGAUCGCGUUCGCCAAACUCUGUUUCCUAGGAAUACUGCGCUACGAGAUACGCGAAAUGAUACAGAAGAUACGCAUGCUUCGGGAACCACCGCCUCCGGCGACCACCCUGGCGCAGCCACCCUUCUCCCAGGUGAUGCCGGAAGCCACAAACAAUGGAAGCAUCGUACGACGCACAACCCUGCCAAAUGCCGUCACACCUUCCGGAAACGCGUCGUUGUUAAUCCAAACAGACGAGUGCAACACCGGAAGGCAUCCCCUGUUGGCGAACAACCUGCAAGAUGGCGGCGCUGACAGCGACACGAACAGCCACUGCGCGUUGAUCCUCGAGGAAACGACACCCACCUCGGCGAACCACAAUUGUGGCGCUCGCGAGAAGAGCAACUGUAACAAUAACUACGAGAUGAGAGAAUUCAGCAGAAGACUGUGGCUGUCGAACGGGGGCAGCCCGGGCACGGGUAUAACAGCCGGUGGUCAAAGCAGGCGCACCUGACUAUGGAACUGGUGGCGAAACACGUCGAACCGUUUCCUCUACAGGAGCAAUCGGUCCACCGAGAUCACCGUCUAUAAGAUAGGUCCACAGUCCGGAGCUAAGGUUUCUAAAGAUUCUACCGACAUCACGAACGCGGCAGUUCACAAUAAGCGAAUAACGUUCAAAGUUCUACGCGUCGCCAGGAAAGUGUAUCGUUGAACUAUGAUUUAUUUUUUUUCAUCUACGAAAUCUAUUUUUUAAACAAAUGCUCUUGUACAUUUACUUUUAACCAUCAUUUUAAAUGCAAAAGGCCUACCAA